CUCACGUCUGAACAUUCGGCGUCUCCGUGGAAUAAUACACAAUUUAUCGAUCCGUCGCUGCUUUUCCUUUUCACACGAUGGAACAGCAAUUGCAAUGACGUUCAGAAUAACCAGUUGUCCGGGAAGUAUAAUAUGCAAAACGAGCCAGAUAAUCAAGUCAAAAGCGAUCAAGGGAUCAAAGUAAUAUCGUAUCAUUGUAUCAGUCCCUAUAGAUAUCGAUGAUAAGCAAAUUAGAGGCUUUCGAUAGAAUCGAAGAAUGAGUACUUCAUCGUCGAAGACUCAGGAUGAGCUCGAAGGAAGUCAAAGAUCUGUCUAUCACCGUCACAAGUUUCUACAUGAAAUUCGUUGGUUUUUGGCUGGCGAAUGAUUAUGUCGAUAAACGUUGGAGGAACAUCGCCAUGUCGAAUACAAUAUUUUUUAUCUUCGUUGCCAUCACCAUCGAGUUGAGGGAUUUGUACUUUACUUGGGGAAAUUUUGAGGAUACUAUUUAUACCGCGUGCAACGUUGCGACUAUCGUUUUAGUUCUACUCAAGACCUUUGUCAUAUUUAUACAUAACGACGAACUGCUUUAUUUAAUUAAUUACGCGAAAACAAACUUUUGGCAUUCGAAUUAUGACUCCCACGAGCAAAUGAUUAUAAAUACCUCUAAACGUAUUUGCACUUUUCUCGUUUGCUCCUUCGCCUUUUUUGCUCAGGGAACAGUCGUCAGCUUCAUACUAAGACCUAUUUUGGGUGAGACAUUUAAGCAAUCAAUCUGCGAAAAAUAUGAAAAUUUUCAAGACGUGUUGAUAUGUUUUUCAGUAAACUAUGGUAAGAAUGAAUCAGAUAGAAUACAUCCGUUUAAUAUGUGGUUCGACGAUUCAUUAAUGUUGUCACCGUAUUUUGAAAUAGUCUUCGUAAUACAGACUUUUAGCGCGUGCCUAGUUGGUACGUGCUACCAUUGCUUCGACAAUCUUUUAUUCGUUAUAAAUCUGCACACUGCUAGUCAAUUUCGUAUUUUGCAAUAUAGAUUUUCAAAUAUGUGCAAUAUAAAUGAUCGCGAACAUUAUACAACUUUGGAAAGAUCAUCGUACACUGAAGAUAAAUAUGCAACGUUUAAAACUUACGUCAAACAACAUCAAAUGCUCAUUGAAUAUUGUAAUAAACUCGAGAAUGUGUUCAGUGUAAUAGCACUCGUGCAGGUGACACUCUUCAGCUUGAUAAUUUGCCUCGAUGGAUAUUUGAUACUUAUGGUUAGUAGCAAUCGCGUUUCAGAAGAGAUUGCUCAAAUAAAACGUCUUACUUUCAUAUUUCAUGUAAUGGGUUGUAUGUGUCAAUUAUUAAUGUUCACGUACAGUUGUAAUUGCUUGAUACAUGACAGCGAAUGUGUGAUGAACGCCACUUACAAGAGUUCAUGGUCGCCCCUGCCGAUGGACAAAUAUGGAAAAAUGUUACGCAAAGAUUUGAUGUUCGUCAUGAUGAGAUCUAAAGCACCCUGUUGCUUGACUGCCUGUGGAUUCUUCGCUGUGUCGCUGGAAACAUAUACAGGAAUUUUGAGUACCGCAAUGUCAUAUUUUACAUUGUUAAGUAACAACGUAACCAAAAAUGAAACAUAA